AGAGGAUAACCUGUGCAAUGGAAUGGCAAUGAUAUUCAUUUUGGGUUGAUUGUCUUUAUAUACAGUCUUCUUGCCUAUUAUAAUCUCUGCGGCGAAACUGGUGCUGAUGACAGGAUAUCUAAUUUUCUGCGCGGGAGCACUGAGGUGGCUAUGAUGACGAUACGUGCCUUAUACACAUAAGCAAAGAUCGGUCACCAAACUUGGAUUGGGCAUGUUUUUCUAUCACGGGUAGUAGGUGUUGUCGGUUUCCCUUCGGUUUCAUGGCUGGCGCACGGCAGAUAAAAACUUUGUUAACUUUAAACAUCUGCAUGUUUGUGGGUAUUAUACUGUUCUCGGUUUACUGCAGAAUUCAGGAUCGCCCAGAGGAACUCCUGAAGAACGGUAGGACCACUAUGCAAAUAUCUAAUCGCAGAAAUGGGAAAGUUAAUAACUUUGUGGAGAAGCAAGCUAUUCUACAGAGGCUUGAGCAUCUUGAGGACAUGGUCUACCAUCAAUUGAACGGUCUGGGAAAGACGGUUGGGGUACUGGAGAGACGAGUGGGCCAGGGACAGGGGCAGGCCAGGACCCCUGCAACUCUGAGAAACCCUGUCCGCGACCCAGAUGGGGGAAAGUACGAAGAGUAUGGCUACAACGCACAGCUGAGCAAUCAAAUCCCACUAGAUAGAUCCAUUCCUGACUACAGGCCGAAAAAGUGCAAGCUGAUGACUUACCCAGAUGACCUCCCUCAGAUGACGGUGGUGUUCAUCUUUGUAAACGAGGCUUUGUCAGUGAUCCUACGGUCAGUCCACAGCCUGGUCAAUCACACACCUGCACACAUCCUCAAGGAGAUCAUCCUGGUGGAUGACAACAGUGACAGUGUGGAGCUAAAGCUGAAUCUGGAUCAGUAUGUGAAUAAGCAGUACCCAGGCCUAGUGAAGAUGGUGAGAAAUAGCAGACGGGAGGGACUUAUACGGGCCAGAAUCCUUGGCUGGAAAGCUGCCACUGCACCAGUUGUUGGCUUCUUUGACGCACAUGUUGAGUUCAACACAGCAUGGGCAGAGCCAAUCCUAACCAGAAUCAGGGAGGAUCGAACGCGUAUUAUUCUACCGUCGAUCGACAACAUCAAGUACAACACGUUUGAGGUGCAGCGGUAUGACAACGUGGCCCAUGGCUACAACUGGGGCCUUUGGUGUAUGUACAUCACCCCCCCCCAGGCCUGGCAGGACAGAGGAGAUGAGACGGCCCCCAUCAGAACCCCUGCCAUGAUUGGCUGCUCCUUUGUGGUGAACAGAGAAUACUUUGAAGAGAUUGGCCUUCUAGACCCAGGCAUGGAGGUGUAUGGAGGAGAGAACAUUGAAUUGGGCAUGAGGGUAUGGCAGUGCGGGGGGAGUAUGGAGGUGUUACCGUGUGCUCGGGUGGCACACAUUGAACGCACCAAGAAACCCUACAACGACGACAUUGAUUACUAUGCAAAGCGCAAUGCCUUGAGGGCAGCCGAGGUGUGGAUGGAUGACUACAAAUCGCACGUCUACAUGGCCUGGAAUAUCCCCAUCAACAACCCCGGAGUUGAUUUUGGAGAUGUUUCUGAGAGAAUCGCCUUGAGGAAAAAAUUGCAAUGUCAUAGUUUCCAGUGGUAUUUGCAGAAUGUGUAUCCAGAGAUGCGAGUGUACAAUGACACCAUCACCUAUGGUGAGGUACGAAACAGCAAGGCCAGUGGCUAUUGCUUAGACCAAGGACCUAAUGAGGACAACAGCGCGACUCUCUACCCGUGUCAUGGCAUGACAUCACAGCUGGCCCGUUACACCUCAGAAGGGCUUUUGCAGCUUGGUCCUCUGGGUUCCACUACGUUCUUGCCCAACACCAAGUGUCUGGUGGACGAGGGACGAGGGCGGACGCCAAGUCUCAAAAAAUUUGAUGGAGCGUCACACUCAUCACAAAGGCUUUGGGACUUCAGUCAGAAUGGCCCAAUAAUCAGCAGAGACACUGGUCGUUGUUUGGAGGUGGAGAUGUCUAGAGAGGCCAGCUUCGGCCUGCGCCUGGUGGUCCAGAGGUGCUCUGGUCAGAGGUGGACUAUUAGGAACUGGAUCAAACCACCACGACACUGAGGGCACAAUAUACAGGCCAGCU